GCGAGAGGAGGCGGGAGGCGGUGGGGGGAGGGACGGGAGCGACUGGGAAGCCGGAACGGUUCCAAACGAGGUCGGGAGCGGCGCCCACAAAACACCCACCCCCCAACCCUUCCCGCCCUCCUCUGCCCGCCACCACAGCAGCAGCACGGAACCCCCCUUCCUCCCUCCCCCGGUGGCGGCGGGAGGAGGAGGAGGCGGCGGCGGAGUGGCUGGGGGGAGUCCCCCUCGCUGGUUGGAAGAAGAGGAGGCGGCAGUGGCGGCGGCUGUAGGAGGUGGAGAAGCAGCCGGCGGAGAAGAAGGAAAAUGCUGGCACAGAAGAGAUGAUUGUUCAUUGACAUUAAGGCGUGGAACUGCCCGUUGAACAAAGUCCUGACCAGGCAACUUACGAAUGGCCCAAGGAAGCCAGCAAAUUGAUUUUCAGGUUUUACAUGACCUGCGUCAAAAAUUUCCUGAGGUACCUGAAGUUGUUGUGUCCAGAUGCAUGUUACAGAAUAAUAAUAAUUUGGAUGCUUGUUGUGCAGUUCUGUCUAAGGAGAGCACAAAGUAUCUCUACGGUGAAGGAGACAUUGGUUUUCCAGAUGAUUCUGGGAUUCCUGGUCUGCGAAAUCACAUGACAUCCCUUAAUUUGGAUUUGCAGUCACAGAAUGUGGUUCUCCAUGGAAGAGAAGGAAGUAGAAUGAAUGGAAGUAGGACUUUAUCUCAUAGCAUCAGCGGAUUCUUUGGCAUAUCUAAUACUUCUAAUCCAGGGCAGCAUUUUGGAUUUCACUUGGGCAGCAAAGGAACAUCUAGUCUGGCUCAGCAAACUCCUAGAUUCAAUCCUAUUAUGGUAACUUUAGCUCCAAAUAUUCAACCUGGUCGAAAUACUCCUACAUCUUUGCACAUACAUGGCGUACCUCCACCUUCAGUAAACAGUCCACAAGGUAAUUCUAUCUAUAUUAGACCUUACUUCACACCGCCUAGUGGUACAGCUCGUCAGACUCAUCAAAAUCCAGGCUGGACGUCUCAGUUUACUCCCAUGCAUUCUCAGCAGAACUACCAUCCUUCACAACCAAGUCCCUGGACAACUAUUCCUACAACCAGCACCCUGCCACAUACCUCAUCGCAGCAAUCAACGCAGCCAAAUCAGCAAGGCCAUCAGACCUCCCAUGUUUAUAUGCCCAUAAGUUCUCCUACAACUCCACAAGCACCUACAAUUCACUCAUCUGGUAGCUCACAAUCUUCUUCCACCCAGAGUCAAUACAAUAUUCAAAAUAUCUCAACAGGACCUCGGAAAAACCAAAUUGAAAUCAAACUUGAACCACCACAAAGAAAUAGUUCAUCAAAACUGCGCUCAACUGGGCCUCGGUCAUCCUCAAAUUCCUCUUCCCUAAACAGCCAGACUUUAAGCAGAAGUCAGCCCACUGUUUACAUAGCUGCCAGUCCACCAAAUACUGAUGAAAUUAUCACACGAAGUCAGCCGAAGGUCUACAUUUCAGCCAAUGCCUCUACAGGAGAUGAACAACUUGUACGGAAUCAGCCCACGCUCUUCAUAUCAACAAACCCGGGAGUUACAGCAUCUAGGAAUAUGUCUGGUCAAGUAAGCAUGGGACCUGCAUUUAUUCACCAUCAACCUCCUAAGAGCAGAGCAGCAGGCAAUAAUGCCACUGCCACUUCUCCCCGAGUGGUGGUUACGCAGCCAAACACAAAAUAUACUUUUAAAAUUACUGUUUCUCCUAAUAAACCCCCUGCAGUUUCACCAGGGGUAGUCUCCCCAACCUUUGAACCUACAAAUCUUCUAAACCUUCCUGAUCACUUUGCAGAGACGGAGGGUAUCCAACACCUUCCUGACCCUGUUUUAGCACAUGUCGAUAGGAUUAGUGAUGCGCGGAAACUGAGUAUGGGAUCCGAUGAUGCUGCCUAUACACAAGCUUUACUAGUACACCAGAAGGCUAGGAUGGAACGACUUCAACGAGAACUUGAGAUCCAAAAGAAAAAGCUGGAUAAACUAAAAACAGAAGUAAAUGAAAUGGAGAAUAAUCUAACACGAAGGCGCCUGAAAAGAUCAAAUUCUGCUUCCCAAAUUCCUUCACUUGAAGAAAUGCAGCAGUUGAGAAGUUGUAACAGACAGCUUCAAAUAGACAUAGAUUGCCUAACCAAAGAGAUUGAUCUUUUCCAAGCAAGAGGACCACAUUUUAAUCCCAGUGCCAUUCAUAAUUUUUAUGACAAUAUUGGAUUUCUAGGUCCUGUGGCACCAAAGCCCAAAGAUCAAAGGUCCAUUGUCAAAACACCAAAGGCUAUACCUGACCCAGAGGAAGACGAGGGAGCUCAGUGGAAUUGUACUGCAUGUACUUUUUUAAAUCACCCAGCCUUAAAUCGUUGUGAACAGUGUGAAAUGCCCAGGCAUUUCUGAGCCGGAGAGGCUUACAUCUUCUGUAAAUCCAACCUUUGACUAUUGUGUCAUUUCCUUGGGAUAAAUAAUCAUUUAUGCAUAGGAUUUUGUAAAAUUGAGCGUGUGAUAAGAUGGUUUAUUACUAAUGUUAAAUGUCAUGCUACAGAGAUUAAUACCUCAGUGUUGUGCUGCAGGCAGCUGAAAUUCAUCAGCUGGGUGGUAAUCUCCUGAAAGACUUGGUUGCCAGCUGCCUGGAUCAUGUACAGUAUUACCAAAACCCCAGUAAGAGAAACUCACCAUGUUCAGUGCUUGGGUGUUCCCUAACCACCUUUCUCCACACAUGUCACUACUGAAUUUUGACAGGGGAAGGGAAUUAGAUGAAUAGCUUUUUUGUUGUUUGUAAAGCUUUCAGUUGUAACACUACAUUCACCGAGGAAAUGGAAAUGUACAUGUUGAAAGUGUGUUAAACUGUUCGCUGCCACAUAGGGCCUGUGGAUUGUGGAAGAAUUCCGCAAGUCAGUGGUACUCUUCGCCUGUCUUCCCAGAAAAUGGCUCUGCUCUGUGAAGACUCAAAUCAUUACAAUCAUGUCUGAAGAUUAAAACUGCAUGCGUUGUCUGUACAGUGCACCCAGUAAAAUACCCCCAAAGCUUUUCCUACUGUACAUAGCUCUGAAGCCUGCUUUAAAUAACUUUCUUUUCUUCGCCUUUUAUUAUUUCUUGUACUUCUCAAUGUAUAGCGUUAAUAGUCUUUGUUAACUUUCUUUUUCCCUUUAAAUGAUUACAAGUGAUCAUGACCCUUUUUUUUUAAGCUUUUGAUCUGAGAGAAGCAGUGCCUUAAAAUAAGAGCAUUCAUGAUAAACGAUGCCUAAACGAUCUUUUUUCAUUGCCUCCUGGUCUGUAUGUUGCUCUUGUAAUUGCUGAUGAUCUGUGAAGACCUGCAGAUGCAGCAUGGUGAAAAUGCAGGGAAAGUUGAAGAGUUUAUGCAUAUAGUUCACUCCGUACACUGUGUUUUACGGUGGGUGACACAAUGUAAGGUUUUGUCUGGCACAAGGGAAUCAAAGUCAAAACUAUGCUCAACCCACCCAAGAUCAGCCGCUAAAUAAGCUUGGCUUCAUCUGCUGUGGAUAUCUUGCAGACUCUUCAUGAGGUUUUGUUUGGGGAAGUGCAUGCAGUACACAAAGUGGCAGCAGUAAUAUAAAAUAUCAGUGCCAUGAAUGUCUUGGCAGCCAGCUUCCUAACCUGACUUUCUGGAGAAUCGCAA